AUGGAAAUGGAGGUGACAGUUUUCGUUAACGCUAAUCGCACAUCCUCCACAUCGUCUCGCGGUCAAUCCCGGCCGCAACCUCCCGCGGUCUCUCCCCGCUCGUCACGCUCGCCCGCCUCCCCCGCAGGACGCCGCGCCUCCCCCGGUCGCCUCGCCUCCCCCCGCUCGCCAGGACACCGCGCCUCCACCCGGUCGCCUCGCCUCCCCCCGCUCGCCAGGCCGCCGCGCCGCGCUGCUCGCCGCGCUCGCCCCUCCUCCACCCGGUCGCCUCGCCUCCCCCCGUUCGCCAGGCCGCCGCGCCGCGCCGCUCGCCGCGCUCGCCCCGCCUCCCCCCUCUCACCUCACCUUCCCCCGCUCGCCAGGCCGCCGCGCCGUGCCGCUCACCGCGCUCGCCCCGCCUCCCCCACUCGUCGCGCAGGACGCCGCGUCGCGUCACUCGUCGCGCUCGCCCCACCCCGCCACGGCCGAUGCUCCGGCGAGCGAGCAGCCGCCUCCUCCCGGAGAUCCCUCGCCGCACGGCCCCGCACCGCCGCGCCCACACGGCCAGCGCGGCGCUGCAAUGGCUCGACGACGAGCUCACGACGCUCGCCCGACCACCACCCGUGCCCGGGCCCGGGGUUGACGCGCACGCGUGCGCCAGGCUCCUGCAGGGCUGUGUGGCGCGCGGCGACGCCCAGGGCGGCCGUGCUGUGCACAGCCACGUCCUGCGGGGCGGCGGCCUGGACCUCUUCUGCGCCAACGUCCUGCUCAACCUCUACGGCUCUACGCCAAGCUCGGCCCCUUCGCCGGCGCGUGCAGGGUGUUCGACGGCUUGCCGGAGCGGAACACGGUGUCCUUUGUCACGCUCCUCCAGGCCCACGCGCUGCGCGGGGAGUACGAGCCCGCCGCGGCGCUGUUCCGGAGGCUGCGGCUGGAGGGCCACGAGGUGAACCAGUUCGUGCUCACCUCGAGCUGCUGGACUGUCAUGCGCGGGUCUCCGCCCGCUGCUCGGCCAUCGACCCACGUCUAGCCGCCCCUGUCGCCUAUCCUAAUGUGGCGAAAGCAAAUAUCUGCGGCAACAGCUCGAACAUGAACUGCUCGCACCUACGCGAACGUCAGCUGAAGGUAUUUGGAGAUCAUGAGGAUCAUAUGAUUACAUGCAGGGGACUGAGCGAAGAGAGGAUUAGUGAUCCAUACCUGCAUAUACAUGCAACGACAUUCAGAGAUGUUGGAAAACAGCUCUGGUCUCAUUUCCAUCACCAAACGUCUCCUAAAGAAGAACCCCACGUGGAGAAGGAUAACUGUUAACGAAGUUGCCGAUAAUGAUGUCCAUGUAGAAAUGGACAAGCUAGACAUUAUCAAAGAAAAAGUAUAUCAUGGAAAGGAUGGUAACCCUGAUAAGUAUGAUGUUCGAGGUCUAUCACUUGCUUUACCGUAUGGAGAGUGUUUGGGUAUUCUUGGUCCUAAUGGAGCUGGCAAGAGCUCUUUUUUUAGCAUGAUGAUUGGGUUUUCAAAGCCAACAUGAGGGAAUGCUUUUGUACAGGAUUUCAGCAUACAUACUGACAUGGAAAACAUAUAUAACAACAUGGGGGUUUGCCCGCAGAAUCAAUAGGAUAUGCACUUCUUUGUUUCAAAAUAAUUUCUCAGUAAUUUUUGUCAAGUUCAUGUUAAAUUCCUUCUGAUCUUACAUUACGUUGUCUCUAUUUUGGGAUGCAGUAUGCUAUGGGAGAUGCUGACUGGGAGGGAACAUCUCCAGUUCUAUGGUCGACUGAAGAUUCUGAGUGGCUCUGCUUUGGACUUUGCCAUCGAAGAAUCCUUAGGAACUGUAAAUUUACUUCUUGGUGGUGCUGCUGACAAGCAAGUCAGGAAGUACAGCGGUGGCAUGAAGAGGCGUCUUAGCAUCGCCAUCUUGCUGAUUGGAGAUGCAGAAGUAGUGUACAUGGACGACCCAGUACUGGACUAGAUCCAGCUUCAAGGAAGAGUCUCUAGACUGCUGUGACGCAAGCAAAGCAAGAUAGAGGAAUCAUUCUUACUAACGUGCAACUAAGAAACAUUUGAUAGAGAUAGUUUGUAGCAUUACAUUGAGUACUUAACAUUUGAUAGACAUUCCUAAUUCUGAAUGGAGUGAAACUAAGAAACUUUGGUCUAAAA